UCUAUGAAUGAUUGUGAUAAUAAUCGUGAUUAUCAUUUUGGCCAUAAUCGUGCAGCCCUAAUGUCCGGUCACAUUCUUCAAACAAACAGGGGUCAGCAAUUCCCCUCUACUACUGGCUCCAUACAAUCUAAAUUCACAGUCAUAGGUUAUUAAAAUAAAGCCGACUACUUACUAACAGCAGGGUAAGAAUACAAACACAAUACAUAGACCUCUUUGACAUUAUGUCAAUACUUAACCUCUUCACAUUCUGUUGAUAAUGUUAGUUCAUUUUUUGAAUGUAUUAAACUAAAAUGAUGUCCAUAUCUUACACAUUGAACCUUAAAUGUUGAAUAGCGCAUCACAACUGUUCAUAUGUUCUUUAAAAGUGCAGAACACACAGCUGACGCACAGACCUCACUGAAUAUCCAGUCAAGUUCCAGUUCCUUUAAACCAUUAACCUGAUCUGAGAUCACAACAACAGAGAGAGUUUGUGCUGCAACUGUUUACAUGCUGUCAGCAAAAAGAUCAGAGUUCAGGUUCAUAUCUUUAUUUGCAAUCAUCUUCCUGCAAAUAUCAGCACGUUCUGCCAUCCACCCCCCCAACCCCCCCCCCCCCCCCCCCCCCCCCCCAUGAACGUGACUAGUGGUUCAAGUGUGUAUAUAAAGAGCAGGGAGACCUCCUCAUCAUCAUUGCAUCCAUCACUGAGCUGAUACCUGAACAACAUCACCUUACAUUUACCUGACAAUUGAUCAUCACCAUGAAGACGGUCCUGGUCCUCUCCAUUCUCCUCUGUGCUGCAUUUGCAGCUCCGGCUGAAGACAAAGAGAAGCAUGCUCCAGAAGCAGCAGCAGCAGAGGCCCUGAAGGAACAGUCGGUUGCUGCACCUGAGAUGGAGGACAAGAUGAUGAAGAAAGAAGAAGCAUCUGUGCCAGAAGAUUCUGUCCCUGUUCCCAGAAACGCACUUCAGUCUGAGGAGGCAGCAGCACCUGAAUCUCGUUAUAACUUCUGUCCACAAGGCUGGUUCAGCCUCGACUCUCGCUGCUUCCUCUUCGUCAAUACUCCCAUGAACUGGUACAGUGCUGAGGAGUACUGCAACGGCCUGGGUGCCCACCUGGCUUCUGUGACCAACAGCAGAGAGUACAGCUUCCUCCAGCAGAUCACACGGACAACCGGUCAGAGCUACGCGUGGAUUGGAGGCUUCAGUCUGCAGGGCCGAUGGAUGUGGAUCGACCGUGAGGGUUUCUAUUACACCAACUGGUACUCCCCAUUGUCCUCCAGCAGCUACCCCUGCGUCUACUUACGCACCAGCUCUGGGUGGAACAACCUCCAGUGUACCUCUUCUUUCCGCUUCAUCUGCUCCAAGAACCCUUUCAGCUGUUAAUAUACGGACUAAACAUCUGGAGCCUUGGGACGGAUCGGCCGGUGUUAUUUUUUCCGUUUGAAGCCAAAUAAUGAACUUUGUUGUGUGUAUUACUGAAUUAUAGAUUUCCAUCGUGUAUUCUUCAAAACAUUAAAUGAUGAAGUGUUAA